AGAACACUUCUCUUUCACCAACUACCUUUUGUGCUUUAGUGAGACCUGGUCCCUUUUCUAUUUUUUUUCUCCUCCUUCAUGUCUUUCUUUGAAGAAAGAUGUGUGAUUUGUGAAGUAAUGAAAGAAACGUGACUGAAUUGCAAUGUGAAUGGUCGACACACAAACUCCCCUCCCCCGCUUCCUUCAGAUCGAAGACAACUGGGCAAAUAAUUUAGGAAUUGCAUCCUCUCCUUGUGAACCCUUCCUAAACGGAGCGCUUGCAAUUCGGUGUCUAAAGUACAGCCUGGGAGCCUGGGGGCACCUUCCUCUUUGCUCUGCCUCUGUGUGUGUCUGUCUCUCUCUCUCUCUCUCCAGCCUGUGUGUGAGCUGGGAGCUCUGCCGCCGCCGCCGCCGCUGCCCUUUGAUCCCUGCAUUAGUGUUAGUUAGGGCUUGGAGACACACAGGGAGCAGCCAUAGACACCAGCCCUCAUUAUUGACACCGCACAUAGCACACACUCACUCUCACACAGAUUAGAUCCAUUCCCAUUGAAGAAUAUUGCGACCGGGGACAAGCCAGGUGCACGACCGGGGGAGGGGGAGCGGGGGGACGAAAGAAAGAAAAGGGGGAAAGCAAAAGAACCCCCCCUUCUUGUUGGCUCCAGGAAAACCAGCUUCAAUCCCAUUCCCCAGCAGAAGAGGAAACCCCCCGCUAUCGGCCACCCCCGGCCCCCGCUUUGUGCCUGCCUUUGCCCCCCUUUGGUUUUAUUUGAUCUCCCAUUAAACCAAGGAGGAGAAUGUGAAAAAAGGGGGAAAAUGCCCAGGAGGAAGCAGGAGCAGCCCAAGCGCCUCUCUUCACAUGGUACCAGACAGGAGGAAGUGGAAGGUGAACUUAGUGAAGAAGAACACUGGUUUGGAAACUCUUCAGAGACCCCUUCGGAAGCAUCAUAUGGAGAAGUCCAGGAAAACUUCAAGUUGUCUCUUGAGGAUAGAAUCCAGGCGCAGUCCACUUCCCCGGAUACUUCUCUGGGAAGUGCAACUCCUAGCAGCAACACGCUGGAGCUGAUAGCUGUUGACAAUGAGGCUUUAAGAGACACAUUACAGAGCAAAGAACACCUUUCUCCUGAUGUGUCAUCUUUGUGUGAAGAUGAAUCUCCUGGCCCAAAUAAGCCACUGAGCAGUAACCUGAGAAGGCUUCUGGAGGCCGGUUCUCUCAAGCUGGACACUGCUGUUACAGUCAAUGGCAAGGUCGAAUCCCCUGUAAAUGUUGGUUCAAAUCUCUCCUUUUCUCCACCGUCUCAUCAUGCCCAGCAGCUAAGUGUUCUUGCCAGAAAGCUUGCUGAGAAACAGGAACAAAAUAACCAAUACAAUGCAAGUAAUCGGUUUAUAUGGAAUCAAGGUAAGUGGUUGCCAGACUCAACCACCACCUGUGGUUUGUCCCCAGAUUCAGCUAUCCUGAAAUUGAAAGCGGCAGCCAAUGCAGUUCUUCAGGACAAAUCACUUUCAAGGACUGAAGAUACUAUAAGAUUUGAAUCCUUUUCUUCACCUUUUAAUUCUCAGUCUGCCAGCUCAACCUUAGCGGCUUUAUCAAAGAAAGUUAGUGAAAGAAGCAUGACUCCUGGGCAGGACCACCCACCUCCAGCCAGUUCUUUCCUUUCCCUGGCCUCAAUGACCUCCUCAGCUGCCCUACUCAAGGAGGUGGCUGCAAGGGCUGCAGGCAGCCUGUUGGCUGAGAAGAAAAAGUCACUAGUUGCGGAGGAUACCCUGCAGCUUUCAGAGAUGAAGCAAGAGAAAGUAACUCCACCACAGUCUUUGGAAUUAUUGCUACUUCCAGUCCCUAAAGGAAGAAUUUCUAAGCCCACUAAUACAGCCUCAGAAGAAGAAGGAGGAAAACCUUUUCAGUGUCCAAUCUGUGGGUUGGUUAUAAAGAGGAAGAGUUACUGGAAACGACACAUGGUGAUUCAUACAGGUUUAAAAAGUCAUCAGUGCCCACUCUGUCCAUUUCGCUGUGCACGCAAGGACAAUCUCAAAUCACACAUGAAGGUUCAUCAGCACCAAGACAGGGGAGAAACCUUCCAAUGCCAGCUAUGCCCUUUCACUUCUUCACGCCACUUCAGCCUGAAACUCCACAUGCGUUGCCAUCAGCACUUCCUCAGGACAGAAGCCAAAGUGAAGGAGGAAAUCCCAGAAACUGAAGUCAAGGGGUCGCCGCAGCUAAAUAAUGAUUCCUGCCCUGGGCAACAGAGGGAAAGAGGAUCUGAGCUUACAGGGACAGCAUCUGUGUCUAAAACACUUGAGGUGGCUGGGCAGGCCAGUGCUGGUGACCCACCUUUAGUAAUAAAGGAAGAACCCAAAGAUGACAGCAGCAUCUCAGCUAAAUCCUUUGCUUUCAGCACUGUUGACAGAGCCACAAACAACACAAAGCUGAAAGACUCCUCUGACUACGUGGCCAAUACAGCCUCAUCACUAUUCAGCCAGGACAUCUCCGUCAAGAUGGCAUCAGACUUUCUCAUGAAGCUGUCAGCUGCAAAUCAAAAAGAACCCUUGACUGCUACAUUUAAAGUGAAAGACGAGCCUCGGGAUGAAGAAGCUGCAAGCUCAACCUUGUCUCUGUCCAGCUAUGUGUUCAACCAGGGACCCGAAGCCUCAGCCCCAAGCAUCCCUGAGGAGACUGUCAAGCCACAGGAAGUGCAGACAAAUGUGUUAAGGCAGGACAUGUCUGUCAAGGCAGCAUCUGAGCUCCUCAUGAAGCUAUCAGCUGAAAGUUACAAGGAAACCCAGAUGGUAAAGAUUAAAGAAGAACCAAUGGAAGUUGACAUUCAUGAGUCCCAGCCCUCAAUUUCACCCAGCCAGACUGUUGGUUACAGCACUUUAUUAGGGAGAGAGAUUACUGAACACAUACAAAAGGUACCAGAGGGCCGAGUGCUCCCGGAGAGAAACCUCUUCAGCCAGGAUAUAUCAGUGAAGAUGGCUUCAGAGCUCCUCUUCCAACUGUCAGAAAAGGUGAGCAAAGAGCACAAUCACACUAAAGAUAACACCAUCAGAACCACAACCAGCCCUUUCUUUUCUGAAGAUACAUUUAGACAAUCGCCAUUCACUUCCAACUCAAAAGAUCUCCUGCCCAAUGAAACUGCUCUUCAUGGAAGGAUAUCAGCACCAGACACAGAAAGGAUAGGGCUGGAUGCAGGAAACGGAUUGCCAUCUUGGAAAUUUAAUGACCAGCUCUUUCCCUGUGACGUGUGUGGAAAAGUGUUUGGCCGACAGCAGACAUUGUCCCGACAUCUCUCAUUGCACACAGAAGAGAGAAAAUACAAAUGCCAUUUGUGCCCCUAUGCUGCUAAGUGCCGUGCUAAUCUGAACCAGCACCUGACUGUCCAUUCUGUGAAGUUAGUGAGUACAGACACUGAGGACAUUGUCAGCGCUGUCACUUCUGAAAGCAGUGGAAAGAAGCACCCUUAUUAUUACAGCUGUCAUGUAUGUGGAUUUGAGACAGAGAUGAAUGUCCAGUUUGUUAGUCAUAUGUCCCUUCACGUGGAUAAAGAGCAGUGGAUGUUUUCUAUUUGCUGCACAGCCUGCAAUUUUGUCACCAUGGAAGAGUCAGAUAUGAAGGCUCAUGUCAGCACCAAGCACACAGGUGAAGAGCGGAAAACACCCAGUGAAUCAAACAGCCCUUCUUCAUCAUCUCUGUCAGCACUUAGUGAUUCUGCCAAUAGCAAAGAAGAUGCAGAUGUUACCCAAAAAACCAAGGGUUCAAACAACCUACUAGUAAUUUCCGUAGUGCCUGGUAGCCAGACCUUAUUGAACACUGAAGAGAAAUCGGAGAAAGGUUUUGAAUGUGUUUUCUGUAACUUUGUCUGCAAAACAAAAAACAUGUUUGAGCGCCAUUUGCAAAUCCACCUGAUUACACGGAUGUUUGAGUGUGACGUGUGCCAUAAGUUCAUGAAGACACCUGAGCAAUUAUUGGAGCACAAGAAAUGCCACACUGUCCCCACCGGUGGGCUCAAGUGCCCAUUCUGCAUUUACUCCACUAAUCGCCCUGCAGCAAUGGAAUGCCACCUGAAGACCCACUACAAGAUGGAGUACAAGUGUCGGAUCUGCCAGACAGUGAAAGCAAAUCAGCUGGAGCUAGAAAUGCACAUCCGGGAACAUCGUCUUGGCAACCAUUACAAGUGUGACCAGUGUGGCUAUCUUUCAAAGACAGCCAACAAGCUGAUAGAGCAUGUGCGUGUCCACACUGGGGAGCGCCCUUUUCACUGUGACCAGUGCAGCUACAGCUGCAAACGCAAAGACAAUCUCAACUUGCACAAGAAACUGAAGCAUGCUCCACGCCAGACUUUCAGCUGUGAUGAGUGCCUGUUCAAGACCACCCACCCUUUUGUCUUCAGCCGCCACGUGAAGAAGCACCAGAAUGGGGACUGCCCCGAAGAAGAGAAGAAGGGCCAGUAUUCAACCUCUAAGCAAGCCAGCCCUCUCCUAACAGUCAAUAGCUCUAGGAACCUCUUGUCACCCCUCUCAGUCAUGUCUGCCUCCCAGGCUCUGCAAACGGUGGCCAUGUCAGCUGCACACAGCAGUGGAGCAGAGCCAAACUUGGGAAUGAAGGCCUUGGCCAUAAAUGGCACCUCUUUGUGCUUUGAUAAAUACUGGAACUCUGAUUUUGCCCAUCUCAUUCCCUUAACAAUGUUUUUCCCCAAGAACCACUUUGAUCUCACAUUCCAUCCACCCAGACCUCAGACUGCACCUCUAGGUGGCACCUCACCUAAACACUCCUUCCUCGCCUACCUUGGACUAACAGAAAGGGCAGAAACUGUCUGAGGACAGUUACAUUCUGUACCAAAAAUACCCCAACAAACCCAGCAGGUAUACAUUGCUGCAAAACCUAGACUGAAGAGGUAUGAACACUUGUACUAUAUAUCAUUAGUAAGAUUUAGAAAAUGGCUCUGUGUGUAUACUUAUUGCAUUGACCUGAAAGCUGCUUUAUUAAAUCUUCAGAGAGGUGAACCUACUGCAUACUUCUACCUUCAGAGGCAUGUUCCCAAUACUCUUAUCUAAGAAACAAUUUUGUCUUGUUAAGCUGAACAAGAGUGUCCUUAAUGGCAAUCAGCACUUGUAAGAUUACAUAUUGAUGCGUUUUAUUUUUGGUUUGUGUGUGAGUGCGAAUGUGUGAAAGAGAACCUGUCUGUAGUGUGCCAUGACAUUGCUUUUGCACAUCCUUUGUAUUGGCUUAUUUAAUAAUUAUUUUUUAAAAAUUCCCUUUUCAUUUACUUUCCUCCUUCCUUCUGCCUCCCCCAACCCUCCUUUUCAUUUUAGAAUUUUGUAACUCUGUGAUUGUUAAGAAGAGCAAUGCUUGGUUCAGUGAGGAUUGGUAUAUUGGCUCAGUGCUGUUUGCAGUUUUCUAUAGUGUGUUUGGUGCCUUGUCCUCAGAUCAUCAGUUGUAAAGAUUUGAGGAUUAAGGUGGAACAGAUCUGGAAGAAAUUACUUUCAGCACUGUAAAAUGAGUGUGUGAAAUUGGGGUGGGUGUGUGUGUGUGUGUAUACAUAUACAUGCCUGUAGUGUGUGCAUUAUAUAUACACACAUUCACAGGGCCAGAUCCUUUACUGUUACACUGGUGUAACUAAGAUCAGAGUCUGGCCCAUAGUGUACAUCUUUUGUUUUAAAAGGGCAUAUAUAUAUAGAUAUAUCUAUACUGUAUUAAUGCAGUGGUUACCUUUAGUUUGCAGGAACAACUUGUAUAACUAGAAUUCUAUGGUGGUUAAAUCCAGCAAAGGGGAUUAAAAAAACAGGAUAUGGAUAAAUUCUGGGUAUAAAUGCUCAGACUAAAAAAGGCAGUUUUGCACAGUGCUUUAGUCUUGCACUAGUUUGUUCCUCACUUGCAAAA